UCUCACCACGCAUACCAAAAUCUUCGGAGGACGUUGAAGUUGUGUCGCUGAGGGAAGGACUGGAAGUUUGACAGUGAAGGAAUCGAAGCAGUAAACGAAGCAGGUACGAACGACCCCUGUCAAUAUCGGGCAUCGUCACACAGGCCUCGUGAACGAACGGCGCAACCACCAGUCGCGAUCGCAGCACUCGAGAUCACCCCUCCUUCGCUCGCUCACCCCUUUUCGCGACCCUUCACCCACCGUCCUUGUAUACUUACGCCAUCUCCAGAACAAUCGAAAGAAACGACAUUAUGUCUUCCCUCUCUCGUCGUGCGUGCUUCAAGUGCGGAAAUGUUGGACACUACGCUGAGGUGUGCUCCUCCUCGGAGAGGCUUUGCUACAACUGCAAGCAGCCCGGCCACGAGUCCAACGGAUGUCCUCAUCCCCGCACCACCGAGAGUACGUCAUAGGUAGAGCCCGUAACCUCACACCUCACUGACCCGUUCGACAGCCAAGCAGUGCUACCACUGCCAGGGUCUUGGACACGUCCAGGCUGACUGUCCUACUCUGCGCCUGAGCGGCACUGGCACCAGCGGACGCUGCU